CGUCCAUGUGUAGGCGAAUCACGUGUACGGACCCCUGUUGGUCGUCAUGUCUGUGCAGUAGCAGAGCUCGGAGCUAGCUUUUAGCGUUUAUAGCCCACCACAGUUGUCGCUACACUUUAUUUUGACAGCUGCAUCAAUUUCUGUGCAUAUUACAGAAGAAUGAGCGAAAACGAUGACAUCGAAGUCGACAGCGAUGCAGAUAAGAGAGCACAUCACAAUGCAUUGGAGCGCAAGCGCAGGGACCACAUUAAAGACAGUUUUCACGGUUUACGAGAUUCUGUACCUGCAUUACAGGGAGAGAAGGCUUCCAGAGCACAGAUUUUAGACAAAGCCACAGAGUACAUCCAAUUCAUGAGACAAAAAAACCAUACCCAUCAGCAAGACAUCGAUGACCUAAAGAAACAGAAUGCACUUCUGGAACAGCAAGUUCGAGCACUAGAGAAGGCCAAGGGAAACAAUACACUUGCAAAUAAUUAUUCCUCUGAUAGCAGCUUGUACACAAAUCGCAAAGGGAGCGCCGUGUCGGCGUUUGACGGUGGGUCUGAUUCCAGCAGCUCAGAGUCUGAGCCUGAGGAACCACCCAGCAGAAAAAAGCUGCGUGUGGAGCACAGCUAGAGCUUUCCAAAAGGACUGUAGCCCACCAGCCCCUCUCAUAUGUCCGGACAAUUAGUCCAGGAUGAAGACUGUAGACUGAAGAGGUGCUAGUACUAUCAUUGUAAAAACAAACAACAAAUGCUUUUUUUCCAGACAAAUCCGCCAUAGCCAACCCACAGUCUUCUGUCAUUUUAUGAUAAUAAGGCAGCUCUGUAGUUUUGAAAUAAUUUCUUUACAAAUGUCUUUAUAGCCCUGCAAAAGUUGAGAUGCAGUUCCAAAAAGAAUGAUUUUUGAAAAACCUGGUUUGUGUAAAUGACAAAUAUUUUUUCCCAAUGUUCUUACAUUUAUGGAAAACUAGAAUGUGAAAUGUAAUGUGUGAUACAAAUAGCAGCCAUUUUGAUUUGCUCUAAUUGGCUGAAAUAUUUGUCAAUGAGAUGUUUGUGUAAUCCACUUUUUCUAUUUAUAUUGGUAUAUUGGUAUUGUUUCUUACCCUUAUAGAAUAUUAUGUAUCAGUAUGCUCCAUUAUUUCUAAUGAUCAGACUAUAUUGGAGGCGUAACAUGCUUUCCUCCGUUUGGGUAGAAUCUGCAUAAAUGUUCAUGUACUUUACCCGAUUUUAUGUCAGUAUAAAUAUUUCUUGAUGAAUGCUAAACUUUUUUGCUUUUGGAAGUCUGUUUCUGUGUGUACUAGUUGAUAUGGAGAAAAGUCUUCCCGUCCCCUUGGCCCUACUCUGACUUUUUUCUAUUUGGUAAAAUAGUGUGUGCAGUUUAUGUUCUUGUUAUUCAUACAGGUAUGUUGUACAUACUGCCAAUUGUCGUCUUGCAAGUUGAGGCGGACCUUUAUUAUGAGACUAUAAAUAAAACUAUUUUAUCCUGUAUAGAGAA